AUGAGAACAUGCCACGGCGGCCAGAAUGCCCAGUGGGUGGUCAUGGGUAUAUUUGUGGCACCCAACGCGGGCUACACGCCGCCCGACGACGCGGAAACCAGCGCGUUCCUGGCGGUUACGGACCCUGUGUCUAGUCCUUUUUCCCCGGAUGCCUGCCCUGUCGCGAAGGCCCCGGGAGAGGAAGUCUGGCCAGAGCUCUUGGCGGAGUUCUGGGCAGAGUCAUACCCAAAUCCCUGGUCGGCGAUUUUAGACGAGACUUGGUCGGAGUCCUUGGUGGAGCCCCCGUUGGAAGAUAUGAUAGAGACGAACCCGGACCUGAUGAUGGUAGCCCCCUUGACGGAAGACGCGAGGGUGGAAGACGCGAGGGUGGAAGACGCGAGGGUGGAAGACGCGAGGGUAGAAGACGCGAGGGUAGAAGACGCGAGGGUAGAAGACGCGAGGGUGGAAGACGCGAGGGUGGAAGACGCGAGGGUAGAAGACGCGAGGGUGGAAGACGCCUUGAGGAAACCCUGGGUUGGGACGGACUUAGUUGAAAGGGUGUUGGAUCAGUGCCUGAAGGACGAGAAGAAUUACAAGCCGGUGCUCAUGAGACAUCAGCAACUGAAGAUUGCAAGGUUGGCUAAGGCAGGUUUGUUGAGAGAACUGGGCAGAGCGAGCAGUGGGAAAGGCGUUCCCGACUUGUCGAUUUCUGAUUUUAAGUGCUGUUCAUGGCGAUGGCUGAAACUGGCGUUGCUAAUGCGAGAAUGGCAAACUAAGGAUGGGGACUUCACCAACUUCAUUGCGACGUUGCAGGGAUUUGUGUUGAGACCGGAGGGUUUAUCUGACGUAUGGUUUCUGGCUGGCAUCUUGCAGAGAUUUAUGACGGCAUGGAGUUUAUCCAACUGGCUACCCCGGCAGCUGUCACCUCAGGGUGGUUGGAACGGCAGGAAGAUGAUUUUUCGCGUUUCCUUUCCCGAUGGCGUUGUUCAUUUACCGGAGAGUAAGAAGUCCAUAAACCGUGUUUGCGCCAUGUCCAAACUAGUCUGGUGGUUACAUCAGGCACAGCAAACCGUUCGUAUUGAUAAGGAAACAUGGACAGACUCAGGAUGGCCGGCUGCUCUAACCAGAGUAAAGAGUAAUUUGGGUGAGAUAUUUGACGAGACGGUGCAGGCAGUGAAGACCAAAUUCCCACCACCGUCGUUGUCGAUGUCAAAUUCACGAUACCUUAGUUGCUUACUCAAAUAUGUUGACAUGACUCCCCCAAGUCAGACCAAGAUUCCUAGGCCUUCCUAUACAGUAAAAAAACGAAAGUGUCUGCCUGAUUCCAAUCCUUCGACAUCAUCCGUGGACGCGGAAAAUAUCAGUGAGCCGGUUGAUCCUGAUAGAUCGGUUAUUGAAGAAAUGUCGGGCUUUAUGGCAAGUGUGCUUGAAGACUGCGCCGAGAGAGAGAGAAAAGAGAAAAUAGGUUACCCGGUGGCGGGGAAGGUGCAUGUUUCUAGAGUAUGUUUCCAGAAAUUUUUAGGAGUCUUGUCGUCCACAAGGAAGUCGGCUGAGCGGAAUCGUGACAAGAGGAUAUCAGACCCUUUUAAAAUGUGUGGGUGGCGAUGGUUAUGUCUGGCAGGGUUGAUGAAUGACUACUUGGAGACAUAUGAGGUUCUCCAAGUUAUUGCCGACAGCGAAAAGUUAGUGGCUCGGCCGAAAGACGUGUCACUACUGUGGUACUUGGCAUGUCGAUUGCAGUCUUGUCUGAGAGGUAAAGACAUUAUUGCUGGUAUCCUUGAUGGUAUGAAAGAAGGUGAUGUAUCUUCAGGAUGGUGGACUGUCAGUACAGUAAUUUACCGUGAUCACUUCCCCCAGACGUUUGGCGAGCUUCCGAUAUCUGAGACAUCUGUUCGGUUAAUUGCCUUCAGUUCCAGAGCUGCACAUUGGAUUGCACAGGGAAUCCGCAAACUUAGAUGUACCCCCAAGACAUGGCGGCGGCCGGUUUCAAAUCGUGAUAUUGUCGAUUCUUAUCACGCGGUACUGGGGCAUGGACGGUUCAAUGAAAUGAUAAAAUUGGUCAGACCCAAAAUCUCGACCAUUACGGACUCACCAAAAAAACUGUUAAAGCUUUCGGAUAAGACCAUAAUGGAAAUCCUCCUCAAGUAUACAAAAUUGGAUCGAAGGAUACACCUCGAAUUCUGUAGGGACUGGCUGUUUGAUACAGUAGCCUCGAAAGGAUAUAAAAGGUUAUCUGAAGAUGAAGCAAACUCGUCUGAAGAUGAAGGACCGGCGAAAAGAGUGUGCACUAAAUGA